UCUUAUUCAUUACAUUGUUGUCUCUCUAUUAAACUUGUCUACAGCAGUUGAACAUGGUUCGGUCUCCAUGCUGUGAGAAAGGUGGGCUCAAGAAAGGACCAUGGACUCCUGAGGAGGACCAGAAGCUCUUGGCUUACUUAAAAGAACAUGGCCAUGGAAGCUGGCAAGCCCUGCCCGCCAAAGCUGGGCUUCAAAGGUGUGGGAAGAGUUGUCGGCUUAGGUGGACUAACUAUCUUAGACCAGACAUCAAGAGGGGGAAGUUCAGUUUGCAGGAAGAAAAUUGCAUCAUUCGACUUCAUGCUUUAAUUGGAAACAAGUGGUCAGCUAUAGCAACUCACUUGCCCCAAAGAACCGAUAAUGAGAUUAAGAACUACUGGAACACUCAUCUCAAGAAAAGAUUGGAUAAAAUGGGCAUAGAUCCGGGAACCCAUAAACCAAAAGUCGAUGCCUUUGGCUCCGGCAGCGGCGUCUUAAAGGAUGCUGCCCAUUUAAGCCACAUGGCUCAGUGGGAGAGUGCUCGCCUAGAAGCUGAAGCAAGAAUGGUCCGUGAGUCGAAACUAGCAUCAAAUCAAUUGGGCUUCCCAUCACCUCAUCAGCUCUUUACCACCACCACAGCCGCCGCAGCAGCAGUUCCACCAGUUAGACCAAAGUGCCUUGACGUGCUCAAAGCAUGGCAAGGAAUUGUCUCCGGCAAGUUCUUUGUCUCCAGCGACAGCCUCGAGUCUCCGACGUCCACGUUAAAUUUCUCAGCGGUGAACUCGGUGGUUGAAUUUCACCAACAAAGUUCAGUAGCCAUCCCUCCGCCUCAGUUUCCGGUUUGCAAUAUCACAUGCAAAGGAGAAAUGGGUGAAGAUGUUUCGAACCAAAUGGCUCCACAGGUGAAAGAAGCAUUGGAUGGAUCGAUUUCAGUGCAUGGAAUGAGUGCGUAUACUACUGAAAAUGCAUGGGCUUUGGAUUCUUUUGAGGCAGCAGCAAACGAGAAUGCAUCUAUUGGGAAUAUCGCGGAGGGACUUUCUGCUAUUGUACCAUAUAACUGUGGCGAGCAGAACGCGUCCAUGCCCGGAGAAAAAACAGCUACAAGUGAAAGCUGCGGUGGCGGUGGCAAUCUUGAAGACCUGCAGGGAGAUUACUGGAAUAGCUUAUUACUCAAUUUGGUGGAUGACCCUCUGCUUCAAAGUGUUAUGAUUACCUAUCAGGGAAAAUAAAAUAAAAAAGUAAAAUAAAGUAAAAUAAAGGAAAGGAGAAUGGUGAAUGUAGGAGUUGGUAGAGAAAUGGAUCAUAAUUGUAAUUUUAAUAUGUAUGAGAAAAAAUUUAAGUGGAUCAUAAAAUAAAUGUAGGAGUUCUUCAAUAUUA